GGGCCGGGGCCGCGACGAUGACUCUGGAGUCCAUGAUGGCUUGUUGCCUGAGCGACGAGGUGAAGGAGUCCAAGCGGAUCAACGCCGAGAUCGAGAAGCAGCUGCGGCGGGACAAGCGCGACGCCCGGCGCGAGCUCAAGCUGCUGCUGCUCGGCACGGGCGAGAGCGGGAAGAGCACGUUCAUCAAGCAGAUGCGGAUCAUCCACGGGGCCGGCUACUCGGAGGAGGACAAGCGAGGCUUCACCAAGCUCGUGUACCAGAACAUCUUCACUGCCAUGCAGUCCAUGAUCCGGGCCAUGGAGACUCUCAAGAUCCUGUACAAGUACGAACAGAACAAGGCCAAUGCGCUCCUGAUCCGGGAGGUGGAUGUGGAGAAGGUGACGACAUUCGAGCAUCAGUACGUCAACGCCAUCAAGACCCUGUGGAAUGACCCUGGCAUCCAGGAGUGCUACGAUCGGAGGCGGGAGUACCAGCUCUCGGACUCCGCCAAGUACUACCUGACCGACGUCGACCGCAUCGCCACCUCGGGCUACCUGCCCACACAGCAAGAUGUGCUGCGGGUCCGUGUGCCCACCACGGGCAUCAUUGAGUACCCUUUUGACCUGGAGAACAUCAUCUUCAGGAUGGUGGACGUGGGUGGACAGAGGUCAGAGCGGAGGAAAUGGAUCCACUGUUUUGAGAAUGUGACCUCCAUUAUGUUUCUCGUCGCCCUCAGCGAGUACGACCAGGUCCUCGUGGAGUCAGACAACGAGAACCGGAUGGAAGAGAGCAAGGCCCUGUUCCGCACUAUCAUCACCUACCCCUGGUUCCAGAACUCAUCGGUCAUCCUCUUCCUCAACAAGAAGGACCUGCUGGAGGACAAGAUCCUCUACUCCCACCUGGUGGACUAUUUCCCCGAGUUUGACGGGCCCCAGCGGGACGCCCAAGCAGCCCGGGAGUUCAUCCUGAAGAUGUUUGUGGACCUGAACCCCGACAGUGACAAGAUCAUCUACUCCCACUUCACGUGCGCCACCGACACGGAGAACAUCCGCUUCGUCUUCGCCGCCGUCAAGGACACCAUCCUGCAGCUCAACCUGAAGGAGUACAACCUGGUGUGACCUCUACACCCCCAGCGGGCUGGAGCAGGGAGGAGCAGAGGCUGGGAGCGCGCAGGGACCGGCCCUUCUUUCACGGCGCCGGGCGGCCAGCUGCCACCCCAGCAGCCUCGGCUUGGUGUCACGUCUCUGCCCGCAGGAGGAGUUGAUUUUUUUUCCUUCAUAUUUUUAACAAAUGGUUUUUAUUUCACAGUUAUCAGGGGACGUACAUCUUUCUUCCUUCACACCUCGUGCACCUUCUCACCUUUUGUCAGCGGCAAGGGCAGCCUUUUUCUGGCCUUGACUUGUGGCUCGCUUUUUUCUAAAAAAAAAAAAAGAAAAAAAAAGAAAAAGAAAAGAAAAACGAAACACAGAGAUGAAACAAGCGUGUGCCCCGUGCCCUCAGCACCUCCGACCUCACUCAGCCCCCGUCACCAAGCGCCAGGGGCUCCUGGCCCCAGCUGCAGGUCACCGUGUCCCCCCUGCAGCCCAAGGCCUGGCCAGCGUUGACGCCACAUGCCCAGCCGGGGCUUCUGCGCGUCUUCUCCACCCCAUUCCUGUCUUCUGAAUCACGAAAGACUUGGAGACACCUUUUCCCCACUUUUUUUAAGUUAUUGUCAUCCUGUGCAUCCUCCCCAUGUUCGCUCACUGGACUCCAAGACGUGGGGGUGGGUGGCGCCCCCAGCUGCCCGCCCUGGGAAGUGCCUAACCAUUUCUUUUUUUUAGAGGAAAACAAAAGCCCACCUGGCUCUGUAGGCUGGAGAGAUACCUGUGCCCUCUCUCACGGCGCCCAAGCUGCCGCCGGUGCCCUGUCCCUCUGCUGGGCCACGACAGUCCCUGUGCUGGGGCAUUUGGGGCUUGGGGCUACGUCUGGCCGGCCUCCGAGUGUCGUGAGAGCACCCCUGGGAGCCUGAGCAGGCAGGCAGCGAGUUGAGGGCGGCCGGAGGGUCGGUCCCCGUGUGCCUCCUGGGGGCCCAACCGGGAGAAAGCCUACCUGGAUGGGUGGGGGCGCCUUUUGUUUUGUUCCAUCUUGUUGCCA